UCUAAUCUAAGGUUUUCCCGUAUCGAUCAAUACCUAACACAUGGUCAACAGUUAAAAUAAAAAUCAAGGUAAAAAAUGCUGUCUCUUUGCAAGGCUCUACAGUCUGUAAAGUCUCCACACCCAGGAGAUGAAGUCUCUGAAGGAAUUAGCGAAGAUACUUCAACGAUGUAUGAGAGUGGCCUGACACAACUAUUGAGUCUCCUGAAUGACUGUGAUAAAGUAUCAGAUGAGAGCCACCUGGCAGUUGCUCAUGCUGUGAUUACUGGAGCUGGUCACUGUGGGAAGCACUACUGGACCAGCACAGUCUCUAGACAAAUUGCUAAUGAUAUUAUCUCAAGACUCAUUGACCUCACCAACAGCGGGUCAGUACAACAGCUACUGGCGGGCGGAGACAAGGCUGAUGGAAGCAGAGUAUUAGCCACUGUCUUGCUUUUAAUUAGAGAGAAGCUCACCAAAGAAAAAUGGAAAGAAUAUCCGAUACACAAACAUGCCCUUGUUUGGUGUAUUAAACACUUAAAGCAUCCGAAUGUUUCCCCGUACUUGGAUACUUUUCUACCUGCUACAUUGAUGAUGCUCGAUGACUACACUGACUAUCACAGAAUACUGGCACUGGGACUGGCUUCACACAUAGUCUGUAAUGUGGAUUCUACUGAGCUAAGGUGGUACAAUAGAGCUGAUGUGAUAUAUCAGGCCAUAAAACCAUUGCUUUAUGGAAGUGCUCCCAAUGUGUCCAAUGCUGUUCACACUUGUUUACUACAUCUCCUCCCUGUAUUGGAUGCUUAUCACACUGACAUUCCCGCCAAGCCGAACAAAUCGUCUGAGGUUUUUGAACUGUUAAUAAACUCUCUCCAUAUGGAGUCAAAUCUAGCAGCAAAAAAGGUGUAUGCUUUCUAUGUGAGCAAGUACAUCGAAUUGUUGGGUAUCUUUUGUGUCAGACACAUGAAGCUGCUCCUAACCGUCCUCAUUUCAUGUAUUGAGGACUCUUACUUCCCAGAGACCAGUGAUACCCAGCGAUAUGCUCUAAAGUCCUUGGCAACACUCAUCACGCAUGCUUGGCCCAGAAUACCCUCCCAUAAAGACUCCAUAUUGAAGUGUCUGGUUCGUGUUGUGUCAGAUUUGUGUACCUCGAGCACAGAACUACCACAAGACAAAGGUACUUUGUCUCAGCUUAGUGAAGUGUCUCAGUGUUUCAAGCUUUUACAGACUGCUUGUCCAGAAGUUGAGGAGCACUACAAGGCACUAAUGUCUGACUGUGAACAUGCUGGAUUAAUACACUGUCUGAAAUGCUGUUUUAGUUGAUAGUGUUCCGUUGUAUUAGUGACAUUUUGUGUUUUGAGUUUACUUUUGACCUUCAAUGUGAGGAGCUUGAAUUACGAUCAUCACCA